ACAAUUCCACCUUGCAGCUGCCCUCUUUCUCUCUCCCUAUCCCUCUUUUUUUCCAAACAUAUUUUCCUUCUCCUUAGAUGGCUCCCCUCGCCUCUCGUCGUCCGUCUGCCUCUUUUCGGACGACGAGCGGAGCUAUCUCUGUCCUCUCCAUCAGCAUCACCACUUUCUCAACAACACAACGUCUGUCUCUUUGAUUUCUUAUCAAUUGCCACAACAAAAUACAAUAGAAAAUACCUAAAUUCUAGACUCUAAGCUUAGCUUCUAUAUAUUAAAUUUUCUUUUUAAAAGAUUUGGCUGCGAUUUGAAUAAUUUCGUUCAAUCGCGACCAUGUCACAAUCGAUCUUAGCCCCAUUCCAACUUUUGGAACUCAACGUGAUAUCGGCGCAGGACCUUGCACCUAUAUCACGGUCCAUGCGCACUUACGCCAUUGCAUGGGUACAUCCUGAUCGUAAACUCUCAACCCGAGUGGACACCUCAGGCCACAACAAUCCUACAUGGAACGACAAGUUCGUGUUCCGGGUUGAUGAGGACUUCUUGCAUGACGACACAUCCGCUGUCAUGAUCGAGAUCUACGUCCUACAUUGGUUUAAGGACGUUCACGUAGGAACUGUCCGUGUGCUGGUUGGGAACCUCAUCCAAACCUCGACGCGACCCUACCACCACCACCCUCAAGUGGGCAUGCGUUUUGUGGCACUCCAGGUGCGUCGUCCCUCGGGCCGGCCGCAAGGGAUUCUAAACAUCGGCGUGGCGUUGCUUCACAGCUCCAUGCGUAGCAUGCCGUUGUAUUCCCAACUCAGCACCUCAGCCGUUGGAUAUAAAACUUUAAUGGGCGAGGAUGACGCAACACGCAGCACCAAGACCCACCAUACCAGAAGCCAAAUGACGACCAAUUCGAAGCCUCAGCUACGGCGCACCAAGAGUGACUCUAGUUCCAUGUUAGGGUCGGAGCUAAGAGACAAAGAAUUCAAGCACAAGGGUAAAAAGGGAAAAGCGAGUUCGAUGGUUAACUCGUCAGACAUCAGCACGAGAAAAAAGAAGAAGGGUCGCGGUUCCAAAGCGAGCUCCUUGGUUGGCGGCGCAUCAGAUAUAAUUUAUAGGAAGGGCAAAAAGGGAAAAGCAAGUUCUAUAGUUAGUGCGUCAGACGUUAGCUACCGAAAAGGGAAGGCGAGCUCCAUGCUCAGCGCCACGAAUGUGGGCCCACCAAAGAGCUGGAAAGACAAAAAAGGAAAGCCAAGCUCUAUACUCAGCGCCUCUGAUGUCAGUGCGCAGGACCCACCGAAGAAUGAUAGCAGUAACAAUGAGAAACCGGUCAGCUCUAUCCUCAGUGCCAACGAAGCAAAAGAACCAACGAGAAAGAUGCGCGGCAGUCACAAGCCCUCCCCGAAAUUCCAUCUAGUGGACAAUUACGGUGCCACCCCCGCACGGAAGUCGGCUCUGCCAGCUGGCAAGUCAUCGUUGCAGAGGCUGCAGUCGCCCUACGACACGUAUGCGACACCAAGGAAGUCGAACCUCAUGCCCGUGCCGUUUAUAACAGAGUCAGAGCUGGGGCCAUCGCCGUCGGAGGUGGCUGCGGCGAUCGCGAAGGAGCGAGUGGACCAGGACAACGAAAGCUCAGUGGUGGUGGGCGCGUGGAACGAGGACGACAGUGUGGAAGGGUUGCAAUCGAAGUUGGAACGGUGGCUAACGGAGCUCCCACCAGUGUACGAGAGGGGAGAAUUUUUUAGCUUUAAAUCCAGCGAAAUGCGCCAUACACGGCGACACAGCGAAGGGAGCAAUGGGUUGUUCUCUUGUUUUAGUAACAUAUGUGGAAUAGAGUGCUCCGUCGUAUGCGGGUCAGGCGAUAAAGAAAAACCUCGAAAGAAGAAUGGGAGUAAGAAUGGCAGGCGGGUCCAUCGGAGCCCCUCAGCAGGAAAUCUAAACUACAUCUAAUCAACCUGGAUGUUAUGGGUUUACAAGUCGGACCUUCAGCGGGAAACAUUCGGGGAGAUGAGAGUAACAGCUUUGCUGGUGCUAAUUGCGUUGAGAUGUACUGUUAGGAAAUAUAACAGUUUAUGGGGUGCGGGAUAAGGCUGUUCACACUGGGGGUUGAUGUUAGUGAGUUGAGUUGAGCUCGGUUAGGUCACAUUGUUCCCAUUUCCCACAUUUUUAAUUUUGUUUCUAUCAAAUUUAUGUUGUCUAAUCUAUAUUUAUAUCUAUUAAUAGAACUCUCUUUAUUAACAAGAAAAA